AGAUCUUUUUUUUGCGAAAGGAGCACGUGGCCUAUCGUCUUGCUCUAGUCAAAGAUCAUGGUAUUGGUGAGCAGCCUCAGAUCCGUCAUUCGCGAGCAGCCUGACUUGACUCUAAUUCAAACUCAUCAAGUGGAGUCGGCCGAGGGAAAUCCACUCGACGAGCGGCUCAGGUGUUUGCCCGGGAUAUCUGAAAUUGGAAGUCAGUCUACUCUGCGUAGGUAUCUAUUGUUUUUAUACUUUCUCAAUGGCUUUGCCCGAUUGCUCGUGCCUCCGUUCUCGUCCUCGUUAAUUAACUUCCUGUGACACCUCUUCCGUAGCACUUCCUAGUAGCUUGACUAGCCUUACAAAUCGUCUGUGCUUUUCUUAUACUUGUGUAUGUAGCAUCUCCAGCGCAUCUCUUGAAUCAACCGAUUGCGAUUUCGUGGUUCCCAGUCUCGUUCUCCUCUUGCCGUCGCCUGCCAGUAUGAGCGUGGCAGCUUCCGGCAGAGUGUCCGUCCGCACUUCUCGGGCAACGGCAGCGUCGCUCUCAAUGCGGGCUUCUCACCUGAGAAAAGCCGUAGGACUGAGUGCUGGCCGGCGGCAAUUCGCGUUCGAUAGUGGUGGAGGAACACGCGGUUACAAUGACCCCACUUCGCCAUCUUUCGGAGGCGGUGCGUACCGCAACGGUGGCCAUGGAGGCGGCGGGAGCUUCAAUACAAAUCGGCAUGACGGUGGUAUGAGAGGAAGGCGCAAUGACUUCUUUGAGGGCCACAAUACCCUCCAACCAAUUCACUGGGAGAGCGUGAAUCUCGAAGAAUUCAAGAAGGACUUAUAUGUUUAUGAACUGCGAUGUCAGUUAUUUAUCCUACCAAAUUAUAGCGUUAAGAUGCGAUUUAUCAUGUAGUAGAAGUGGGAUUGGUUUGAAUUGCCAAUACCUGUUAUUCAUGGUUGCGAUGUAAUUACUCCUCACGAGCUAUCGCAAGACAAAUGAAUAUCCGGUGUAUUUGUUGCCUUGUGAUAGAAGGUCAUGCAAUGGUAAAUAAUUAUUAUUGUCGUUUUGAUGUUAGUAACUACGUCUUAUAAGAAACUCCUAUCAGCAGAAUCGGUCUGGUGGUUGAAGGUAAUGUAGGAAACCUCUUCUUUCUUGAUUCAUCCAUACAGGAGAGGGUGCCUCCGCUCCUUUCCCCUCCUCGCGCUUCUCAGCGUAUAUCAAUUCCGUUUGGGCUCUAAUCUUGCGAGCAUAGCGAAGUGGAGACACGAUCUCCCGAGGCGAGCAUGGAGCUUGUCGAGAGCAUGAAGGCUACUAUCAAAGGUCGCGGGAGUGUCCCUGGUCCCGUGUCUUCGUUUGAACAUAUGCGAUCAACUUUCGGCGACAAGCUGUUGGAGGAAUUGCAAAAGGCAGGUUUCGACAAACCCUCACCCAUUCAAAAGGUACUCGUUAAAUGGGAUGUGUUCUUUUCCAUUCUGGAUGCAUGUGAUUUUUUACGGCUCUACUGAAACUCAAUCAUGGUCUUAAUAACAUGAUCUUUCCGAAAACAAAGCCGUGAAAAAAACACACAACCAUACUUAUAAAAUAUAUAAUGAAGACAGUACUAGUUUUAGUCUUAGUAGCUCCUAGACAUGAGGGCAAACGCUUUAUGAGAGGUGUCAAUUUUUUCGAGUAAAACUCACAGUUCGCCUGGCCGCUUGUUUGCCGCGGGCGUGAUACUGUUGGAAUUGCACAGACGGGAAGCGGAAAAACCCUCGGUUUCCUUCUCCCAGCGUUCGCGCAUAUACUGCAGCAAAGGCCGCUAGCACCAGGUGAAGGCCCAGUCUGUCUUGUCAUGGCCCCCACGCGAGAGCUGGUCCAACAAAUUAACGAGGAGGCGCAGAAAUUCGGGUCUCUUAGCGGUAUCAAAACGGCAGUCGCCUAUGGUGGUGGUGGGUCACGACAAUCUAUGAGCCUGGAUCAUUCCUUUUCUGUAACAUAAAACCCGCUGGCAUUAAUUUCGGUAGGAGAUGUCUUGCGGGGAAAAUAGGCCUUUCAGCAGAUUAGAUUCUGCUUAUCUUAAUGAAUCUGUUCAAAAGUGGGCUACUCCCAUCGAUUUUUCCUUUUUUUAUGGGCAAGCGAAUAUUAUAAAAUAUAUAUCACAAAAGACGUGCUGGUGAUCGAAACAGGAUCGCAACACGGAACGAACACAUGACAUGCCAUGACAUGACAUGGCUACUGACCGCUGAUCAAUUGAUAGGGCACGUCUGUCGCAAAUGCAGCAGUCCUUUGUUCCGCAAUUUCGGGAUACUCCCUUCGUUAGUUAAAUUUCUAAGACGGUACAAGCGAACGUAUUACGUUCGGGUCCUCAGCUUGUGGUGGCAACUCCUGGACGGCUGAUGGAUUUUGUUUCUUCUGGCGCUGUGAAUCUCCGCAGGGUGACGUAUCUCGUACUCGACGAGGCCGAUCGCAUGUUAGAUAUGGGUUUUGAGCCUUCAAUACGGAAGAUCGUGGGCCAGACACGUCCCGAUCGACAGACCGUGCUGUUCAGCGCCACGUGGCCGCGUGACAUUCAGUCACUGGCACGGGAUUUCUGCAAGGAGGACCCCACUUUACUGCGUAUUGGUUCCCAGGAAUUGCAGUGCAAUCCAGAUGUCACGCAGAUCGUGGAGGUAUUAUUCUCCUUCUUCAGUGAAAAAUAAAUUUGCUAGUGUACGAGAAUAGACUGCUGGUCGAAAGAACCUCUCAGGCACGUGUAGACUAUGCGAGACCUCCGAGUUUUAAGCUGCUGGUCGUGAAGAUGAUACUUGAAGAUCCGUAAUGCAACUUGUAUGUGUGGAAACUUAACAUGAAGGUGAUUCCUGAGAUGCAAAGGAUGGAGCAUUUGGUGGGAAUCUUCGAGAAACUGAAGGACAGCCCUGAUGGCAAUGCCAAGUGCCUGAUUUUUUGCGCCGCGAAGAGAACGGCCGAUCAAAUGGAAGCGAAUCUUAGGGGAAGGCGUAUUCCUUGUGCUGCGCUUCAUGGGGACAAAGAUCAGACGCAACGUGAACGCCUGCUUCGGGACUUCAAAAAGGGGGUUUUUCAGGUAAGGUUUAGCAUGCUAAAGUUUGGUGUUCAGAUCUGAUUGGUCAAGUGUCUGUUUCAGAGUUUCAAAGCUAGCUUGGAUCUUCCAGUGUUUGUAGGGUUUGAUAGAUUGAGGUUCAGCGACGCCAAAAGGACGCGGAGAAUUACUAACCACUGGUUACUAUCUUUUCGCUCUGGUCCCUGCAUGCAAAUUUCGACAGUAGAGAUCGAUUAUGAAAUUCACAAGUCAGCAGUUGCCGGAGCUGGUAAAAAAGAUAUGUGAGAUGAAGAGUCAUUUUGAAUCAAGUUGUGAAGUGAAUGUUAAUUGAUUUCCAGGUUAUGGUCGCCACCGAUGUCGCACAGCGAGGUCUGGAUAUUUCUGACGUGAAAUACGUGAUAAACUAUGAUUUGCCGAAAACUAUCCACGAUUACGUGCACCGCAUUGGGCGAACGGGUCGCGCGGGCGCGAAAGGUACUGCGGUGACCUACUUUUCAUGGGAAUACUAUGACCCGGCGAAACUCAAAUUUGCGCAGGAGCUAUGCAAGGCUAUGACCGAUGUGGACCAAACGCCGCCAGCCGCACUGACGCAGAUCGCACAGUCCGCCAUGAGGAACGGAGGCGGUGGAGGCACUGGAGGUGGUUACGGUGGCCACGACCCUCGCUCGGUCUACCUCUAAAAUUUCUUCGCUGUCAGUAAGCAUGAAGAAAGUAUAAUGGGAUGUAAUGGUUCCUUUCUUGUAACAAGAUGGGAAAAUUGUCGUGGAGAUUGAGUUUGACUGGGACGGUGAAUCGCUACUCUUCGCUCCUGACGAAAAUUUGGUUUGAGAAUAUACACUGUUGUAAGGAAUGCGGUUGAGUAGAAGUAUUAAACAAAGAACACAUCAGAAUGAAUGACUUGUUUCUAUCAGCCACUCUUUUCAUUGAUGGCUUUUACGUUCUUGGAUAUCCAAAUGAGGAGUUCAUAGUAAGUAGAGGGCUAAGAAAGCAUGUGUAGCAUUUCUUUGUUGUUCGAGUAACCAUUCUGUUUUCGUUGCUCCGCGAAAAACCUACCCGAACUGGCGACCCGAAUGCCGAUCGCAUUUGUACACCUAUUCGGACAUGUCCUUGGUGCAGAAUAUAGAUGCAGUAUACAAUACAUAACGACUACACCUAAUCUUCACACCACUUGUUGUAAGCUGCGAG